UUUAUUUUAAGCUCUUCUCAUUGCUUUUUAUCAAUAGACUUUUUAUUAAUAUUUUCCAUUUGAAAUUUCCAACUUAAUUAACGCAUAUAACUAAACAUAUUCUAAUAUAAUAUUUACAUUUUAUCAACGAAAAAAUAGGAACAAAACAAUUGAAUUAGAUAUUUGAUGUCGGUUUAAUUUUGUUGGUAUACUUCUCUCCCUUCAGAUUCUAGUGUCUUUUAAUUUGAAAAACCAAUAAAAGAAAAUCUAUGUUUAGAAAAGGAAAUUUGUAUUUGCUCCAAAAACAAAAAGGAAAUUUGUGUUCAAGAAAAGGAAAUCUGAGGCCAAACGGUCAACGUAAACAUUCGGCUUGUUAAGAAAAGGAAAAGUUUGGGUGGGGAAAAAAGGAAAAUCAUAAACAUAUACAGUAUAUAUAUAUAUAAUCAAUCACACACAACAAUACUCACUGCACUUUUCGUUUUCUGAAUAACCUAAAAAGAAACAAAUCGCAGAUACAGACUAGAGUGCUUCUUCUUGUGGGAGAUGACGACCAUCCGCGAGAUCUGGUCUUGGAACAAGACAGAAGAGAUGAAUUUGGUGCGGGAAUCUCUUAGAAGCUGCAAUUACAUCUCUGUGGACACAGAAUUUCCCGGGUGCCUGAAAGAGACCGUCAUGGAAGCUAGCGAGGAGACUCGUUACCAAAACCUGAGGUUCAAUGUGGACAAAACCAAACCAAUUCAACUGGGUUUCUCCUUAUUCGACAGUGAAGGAGCAAUCAGCGGAACCUGGGAGGUCAAUUUCUCCGACUUCGACGAGACAGAGGAUCUUUGCAACGAGAAGUCCAUCGCCUUCCUCAAGCGCAACGGGCUCGAUUUCAAGAGAAUCAGAGAGGAAGGAGUUGGCAUCAAAGAUUUCUUCACAGAGUUUACUCGGAUGGUUAAAGAUGAAGAAGACAAGAAGAUUAUUAAUUGGGUUACUUUUGAUGGAUCGUACGAUUUAGGUUAUAUAAUUCAAAGCAUGACCGGGCGAGAAAGGCUUCCCGACACGUCACUUGGGUUUAACGACACGGUUCAGAAACUCUUAGGGUUAACUUUCGACGUGAAGAAACUUGCGGGACAGUGCAAAGGACUCAACAGCCGUUUCGGGUUGCAAAGAUUAGCCGACGAGCUUGGCAUCAGACGUGUCGGAGAAGCCCAUCACGCUGGCUCCGACAGCCAACUGACGGCUCGUGUGUUCGCUAACAUAAAUCUCACUUUUUUUUUUUUUUUUUUUUUUGAAUGAAUGUUAAAUUUAUUCACCAAAAAAAGCCU